GUGUAACAAACAAUUUGAGGCCAUGAAAGAGGCAUGCAAUGCGAAAAUUGCAGCUGCCAAACUGGAAAAGCAAAAGACAUCUGAAAAGGUUGCUCUACAGAAUGCUGAUGGUUCCAUACAGAAAGUCUCUGUUUCAAAAGCCAAAUCUGAUGUUCCUGCUACAAACCAUUCUGAUAAAAAUGUGGCAGAAUCUCCAAAAGGCAAACCAGAUGUGGAUUCACAGUCUAAAAACGAUGCUCACGUCCAAACCAUGAAGUUAGUUGUUGUGGAAAAGGAUGAGAAAGAUGCUGUAAUUUUACAAGACUCACCCAUCCCCACCUCCAAACUGACCAAUAAGAAUGAGACUCUUAAGAAAUCAGCCAAUGAAGAAGUUCCAGAAGCAGUGGUGGAUGUUAAAGCACAGGCUUCAAAGGCCGCAGAUACUGUAAUGGAUGAAGCAGGGAUUUUAGACCCAAAGGAAGAUGAAAUGGGGAUUGGAGAUGAGAGGGAGGAAGAUGCCAACAUUGAGGACAGGAAAGAGGAAGACGCUGCAAUUGGGAAGGAAGAUGCCAUUAUGUACGACAAUGAGGGCGAGAUAGAAAAACAGCUGUCCAAGAUUAAAGAUGAAAAUCAAGGUGCUGGUCAAGAUCUAGAGGAUGAUGUGGCAAAUUAUAACGGUGAUGAUGACAACCAACCGGAGUCUGAGGAUGAGAAGCAGGCAGAGCUUGCAGAGAUGUAGUUCCUGAUCACAUGUGUCUGCUGACAGCAACAAUUCCUCCAGCUAAAGACAGACACAGACUCUUAUUAGUGACUGUUCUGAACCUCUCAACGGUUGGAGAAGACACCUGCUGUAAAGACUGAUUUGUUCUGGGUGAAUACUGCACUACUGUGUAAUGAAGGAUAUGAAUCGCAUCCCUCUUACCAGGACAGGCAUGGGGAAAACAUUCUUUUUCUAGUACUGAUUUUAGGUUAAACUUGAAUGUAACUACUGCUCUUAUGACAUCGAGCCUUUAAAUGAAUGCAUCAUAGUGAAUUUUCCUUAUUAAGUGAAAGAUGCUUUGUUCUUAAACAAAAGCAACAGCUGGUCUUAACGGUUUUGUGUUCUAUUUUGAUGUCUAAUCAUUUUAGCUGCUGAAAAAUGCAUAGGAAUAUUAGAUGUUUAGAAGACACUUAACACUCAUUUAACAGUGCAAUCCAGUCCUUUAUUUGCUGUAAAAAGUUACAUUUGUUUAUAUAAGAAUUGCAUUUUAAUUUCUUUUUAAUAUGUCAUGUUGGGAACUGAAAUAUUUUUUAAUAUGGGUUUCUCACUGAA